UACUGGCUAUUACAGUUGUAUAAUUUUUCCAUAGGCCAAGAACUUUUUGUUGUUAAAGGAAAAAUGAAGUUAUGGGCUUUUGUUUUUGUGUUAAUGGCAUUUGGGAUGUUUAUAGGGCAGUCCAGUGCCUCUGUUUCCACUUUUAGGGAUUGCUAUUCGAAAUGCUUUAUAUUCUGCUUAAUUGAACCUUCUCAGAAUCUUUGUACUUGUACUUCUAGAUGCUUAAAAGAAUGCAUUUUUAGUUCUGAUCCAGGUAAUAGUUCCUCUAUUAUUCCCACUUCACACAAUGAUGUUGCAGACAGUAAGAACCUUAACUUCUGCAAGCUUGGUUGUGCUUUCUCUACAUGUUCUGCUCUCAGCACAAAACAUCAACCUAAUGGUGGAAAAAUGGAUGACUGUGUUGGAUCCUGCUCAAGAAUGUGCACCAAGAACUACUCAAUUCCAUAGAAAUGGCACUAUUACAGUCUGGAAUAUUUUAUUGGACUUCAUUGUUUUUAGCUUCUUUUUUUUUUCCUUUUCUGUUGGUGUGUGUCUGUGUGUGUGGUAAUUCCCAUUUUUAUAAAUUUCUUUUUCUUAUGCUGUUUUCAA